GUCUUUCAAUAAUUUCGGAGCUGAACAAACGUGUACAAAUAUGCUAAAAGUUUCGGUGAUCAUCCUGGCAUUGAUCGCCACAGUGCUGGCUGUCGAGUAUGAUCCUUACAUUGAUAUAACCUUAAAGAAAAUCAAGACCUCGGCACAACGCAUUGAAUCGUUCGGUUACCCGGCUGAAACACAUGAGGUGGAGACGGAGGAUGGCUAUCUGCUGAACAUGUUCCGCAUUCCGUAUUCACCCAAUCUGGACAAUGCGAAAAGCCCGCGUCCGGCUGUGCUCAUACAGCACGGUCUGUUCAGCUGCUCCGAUUGUUUCCUGCUCAAUGGGCCGGACAAUGCUUUGGCCUACAACUAUGCGGAUGCAGGCUAUGAUGUCUGGCUGGGCAAUGCACGUGGCAAUAUCUACUCUCGCAAUCACACCAAAAUGAGCACCAAACAUCCAUACUACUGGGCGUUUAGCUGGCAUGAGAUUGGUGCCUACGAUCUGCCCGCCAUGAUAGAUUAUAUUCUAGCAACCACCGGCGAGAAGGCGGUGCAUUAUGUCGGUCACUCCCAAGGCUGCACCACAUUCUUUGUCAUGGGAGCCACACGUCCGGAAUACAAUGAUAAGAUUAAAACCGCCCACAUGCUGGCACCACCAAUCUUCAUGGGUAAUACCACCACAGGCAUCAUUCUUUCCCUGGCUUCCGCUGUGGGUUCACCUGGCUUGGGCGCUGAGCUGUUGCAGAAUCAAGUAUUUUUACCCAUGAAUCCUGUAGUUCAGCGAAUCUUGGACACGGCCUGCAGCAAAGAUCCCCAUUUUUUCACCUUCUGUCAAAUUCUGGCCCAGUGGUGGGGCGAUGAUGUUGGCAACUUAAAUGUGACGCUGCUGCCACAAGUGGCGGAGACUCAUCCGGCCGGCAUUUCGACAAAUCAGGGCAUACACUUUAUACAAUCCUAUGUAUCAAAUGAAUUCCGUCAGUAUGACUGGGGACCAAAGACGAAUAUGGACAAGUAUGGUACAGAUGUGCCGCCUUCAUAUGACAUAACAAAGAUCACAUCGAAAAUGUAUUUGUACUCCGGACUGGCCGAUGAGUCGGCUAAUGUCCAAGAUAUUGCACGGUUGCCCGAGUUAUUGCCAAAUCUGCAGGAGCUCUACGAGAUAGAGGAUGAAACCUGGGGACAUUUGGACUUCAUAUUCGCAAUGCAGGUUAAGGAAACUAUCAACGAUAAGGUUGUCGCGAUAAGCAAGCAAUACGAUAAUCUAUAAAAACAACUUAAUCUGCAGCGUGCGUUAAUCUAAUCGCAAAUUGUUUGUUCCUGCGAAGUUCUUCAAUAAACUUUUGCCAUAAGAAUAAAGCAGCAAAUCUUUAACAAA